AUGAACUCCCUCCGCGUCUUCCUGCUUUGCUCCCUAUUCCACAAACGACCAUGCAGCCUCAACCGCCUACAAGUGACAGCGGGAAGACCAACAGGACUCGGUGCAACACUUCCUCUCGCACUUGGGCACUGGCACACAACACAGUGGAAUAGACCGAACUCAUCAACCAAGGCCACAAGCCAGCUGAACGACAAGAAGAAGAAGAAUAGAUUGACAAAGGAAGAACAGGAAGUGGUCGAAAAGUUCAACGGGUUCAUAGGCGAAAGGAAACUCAAGGAUUGGAAGAAACUGUGCGAUACCAUUGGUCUGGAAGGCGAGUUUGAAAGUAUCCAGAGCUGUGGAGAGGCCAUCGAAGCCGUGCACGUCAACAUCUACGACGUCCUUGAUGCCGACGAGAUCAUCCAAGCCGGAGGAAAGGCAAGGCCACAGCGCUUCAGCACCACUUAUGAGCUGUCGGAGUAUACCAAGCGAGAGGAGAAGAUUUACCCGAGAUGGAGGGUCAUUAGGAGCGAGCCGGAGGGGGCGUUGCUGAAGAAUAUCAACAACCCGCAUUUGGAUGAGGAGUGGCAGAGAAAGAAGGAGGAGAAGAAGAUGCGGAGGAAGAAGGAGGCGAGGGUGAGGAGAGAGUAG